CCCAGGCCAAUCAUGGGCAUGGUUUAUUCCUUCUCUGAAGUGUCUAGGCGGUUUAGAGCAUCCGAACUGGUUCGGGCAGGCCGCCGCGUCUGUGCUUGUUGAGGUGAUGACUUCUUCAGAUCAGAGGAACGUGAUUGGGCCUCGUGCCGCGCGCCAGAAUCGAAACCCCUACCGCUGAAAUUGGGCAUCAACCCCCCCUUCCGGUCAUUCUUCUGUAUCAAACACAUCUCGACAGAAAGUGGUCUCGCUACCAUGGGUUUAAGAUCGGUUGCCAAAAAACGCUUAGAGGCUCUUCGCCGAGGCCUUGGCGCAGGAGCUAAGGAGCCCGACGGCAAACACGACGGCGUCCUGAAGGAUCAGGCAAACGCCGCUUCCGCUCCGUCGACGCCGCCCAUAGCAAAUCCUGAGCCUCAGGCUGCUGAAAAUGCGACUCUGGCUGCGCGCAAAUCCCCAGUUCGAUCGGCAAUCGUGGAGACUCACUCUACCCCCCCUCCUGCAGCAACCACCAACCAGCUAGCCAGCCCCAACGCGGCAUUGAAUUCCCCAAACCUGCCAGGACGGAAUCGGAGCGAAGCAUGCGGCGACCUUGAAGGAGACAAGCUCAUAUUGCCCUCGUCCUCCGAGAGGCUCCACGAAGAGGCUAGUCUGCCGACCGGUGCUACCGUCGAGGGAUGGAAACACGGAGCUGAUGGGCCGCAAAUGCCGGCUCACGACCGCCAUCCGCCGAAGCACAGCCAGUCGCAUACCGCAGAGACACUUUGGGACCGUGCGUAUGCCGCCCUGAGAACAGAGAAUCAGAGUUUGGUCGAGACGUACGAGAAAUUGCUUUCCAAGGAGUUGCCGGCGACAGGCUCCAAGUCGAACACCUACAAGAACACAGCGCCUGAUCAAGCCGAAGAAAGCUUAGACGAGGUGGAGAACCGGAUCGACCACUCGAAUGUCUUGGAACGCCAGGAACAAAUGAAGACAAUAAUCAACAGUGGCCUGCGACGGGUGGAUGAAAGGAAAAUCAAAUAUACGAUUGCUGGCCACGAAUAUGUGCUACAGGAUCAGAUUACCCAGGCUGCGGGGUUCGUUCAAUGGGCGAAAGGGUUGAUUGACGAAACCGUCAAGGCUUCUCCGGAAGCCUCUUUGGCCUGGGCCGGCGUUUGUGUCAUACUCCCGCUCCUGACCCAACCCAGCGUCGCAGAGCAAGCGAAUCGGGAUGGGUUCACGUAUGUCACAGCCCGCAUGCGGUUCUACGUCGCCCUAGAGCCUCUGUUGCUGCCGCAGAGCCACAACCAGGCCGUCUCCAUUCCUGAAAAUUUGAAGGAGGCAUUCGAGGCUGAUAUCGUGGACUUGUAUCGACAUGUUCUUGAGUUCCAGGUUAGGAGCGUCUUACGAUUCUAUCGGAGCCGAUCCGGAAACCUUGGCCGGGAUCUGGUCCACCGCGAGGACUGGGCUGCGAUGCUAUCCAAGGUCAAGGAACGCGAAACGACACUAGACAACAACUUCAAGCACAUAAGUGGUGUUGCCUUGAGGCAGGAGCUGGAGGAACUCAACAGCACCGCAGACGAGUCCCUUGAGUCUAUGCAAGCGUUUCUGUCAGUCACUACAGAGCUGCGAGAUAUUGCAAAAGAACACCUCCAGGUUCAGAAAAACAUUUUCAAGCGGUCGCUCUCUGACGAAGAGAAGAAGUGCCACCAGCUGUUCCGCCUUACAACUGGCAAAAACAACACGACAUACGAGUGGUAUAAAAGCCGCGUGGAGGCCCGGAUAGAAGGCACCUGUCAGUGGUUUCUGAACCACGAAAACUUCCAGACGUGGCUCAAGCAAGAUUCUGGGCCCUUACUGGUCUCAGCAGACCCUGGGUGUGGAAAAUCCGUCCUGGCCAAGUACCUGAUCGACCAGGGACUCCCACAAUCAGCAGCCAUCUGCUACUUCUUCUUCAAAGACCAGGACCAGAUGACCGUCAAUCAGGCACUUUGCGCAUUGCUACACCAGCUCUUCUCCCACCAGCCUUCACUGAUCCGACACGCUUUGCCAGAGUAUUCCAAGAACGGAGAACGCCUUAUAAAUAUCACAACAUCACUGUGGGAUAUCUUGGAAAAAGCUGGACAAGACCUGCAGGAUAGACCUGUGAUUAUGGUCCUGGAUGCGCUGGAUGAAUGCGCCGAAUCGGACCUCCAGGACUUGACUCGGAUGUUGACACGGUUAUUUCACAGAGACAGAUGGGGUUGUCGCAAGAUAAAGUGCCUGAUGACCAGCCGCCCAUACGAACACAUCGUGUCAGAGUUCCAUGAACUUGUGGGUGCCUUUCCCUAUAUCCGCAUACCAGGAGAAGCAGAGUCGGAAGCCAUUAGCCAAGAAGUGAAUCGCGUCAUCACUUACCAAGUCAACAAGCUGGCAUUUUCAACCCUCAUCAAGGAUCACCUGCAAAAACGACUGCUAGGAAUCCAACAUCGCACAUACCUUUGGGUAUAUCUUGUCUUUGAUUACUUGAGGAGAGAAGGCUUCAAGAAGACACCAAAGGGCGUCGAGGAUGCCAUCGCAACGCUUCCAGAAAGUGUCAACGAGGCGUAUGAGAAGAUCCUUAACAGAUCUAAGAAGCCUUCUAAUGUUCAGAAAGCCUUGAGUAUUAUCUUGGCAGCGAGCCGGCCGCUGACGCUAGCGGAAAUGAGCGUCGCCAUGAACAUUGAGAUCUCGUCACGGUCUAUGAGAGACCUCGACCUUGAAAGUCAAGAGGACUUUGAAUCGAGCCUCAGAUCUUGGUGUGGGCUCUUCGUGUCGAUCUAUCAUGGAAAGGUUUAUUUCCUGCAUCAAACUGCUCGAGAAUUUCUUCUUGCAGAUUCACCUGCAAAUGUUCCGCCAGAGCGACGUUGGCACCACUCCAUCACUGCCAGGCAAGCACACAUGGUGCUUGCGGAGGCUUGUGUGGUUCAUCUUGACUUCUUCAAUUCCGACGUUGUCCUAACAGAUGGCAGCGCAUCCAGUCAAUACAUCAAUAGUUCCACCUUCUUGGAUUAUUCGGCCGAAAACUGGGCGGCCCACUUUCGCGAGGCUCAUUUCAGCGAUGACGCUGCCAUAGUACGCUAUGCUCUGAGAAUUUGUAAUACAGAUUCGAAGAGCUAUUCAACAUGGUUCGAAAUUUAUCGAACUGUGUAUAGGGUAUACCACAAGCAUUCUGCAUCUCUAGGGGUAGCAGCAUAUUUUGGGCAUGAGGCUGUUGUCAGGCUGCUUCUUAAGGAAGGGGCUGAUUUCGAGGCAAAGGAUGAAGAUGAUUGGACGCCACUGUCUCUAGCUGCUAGGAAGGGGCAUGAGGCUGCUGUCGUCAAGCUGCUUCUUAAGGAAGGGGCUGAUUUUGAGGCAAAGGAUAAAUAUGGUCGGACGCCACUAUUGCAGGCUGCUGGUAGAGGGCAUGAGGCUGUCGUCAAGCUGCUUCUUAAGGAAGGGGCUGAUUUUGAGGCAAAGGAUAAAGAUGGUUGGACGCCACUGUUGCAGGCUGCUGGUGGAGGGCAUGAGGCUGUCGUCAAGCUGCUUCUUAAGGAAGGGGCUGAUUUUGAGGCAAAGGAUGAAGAUGGGCAUGAGGCUGUCGCCAAGCUGCUUCUUAAGGAAGGGGCUGAUUUUGAGGCAAAGGAUGAAGAUGGUCAGACGCCACUGUCGCAGGCUGCUAGUGAAGGGCAUGAGGCUGUUGGCAUGAGGCUGUCGUCAAGCUGCUUCUUAAGGAAGGGGCUGAUUUCGAGGCAAAGGAUAAAGAUAGUCAGACGCCACUAUCUCUAGCUGCUGGUGGGGGGCAUGAGGCUAUCGCCAAGCUGCUUCAGCUUCAAUCCUAAAACCAUGUUUAUAUUUCUGCUAUCAACUUAAGGUUAUUUUCUUCCUAUCAUAGCGUGGCACACGAAGGGUCUGGGGGGUUCAUGGAUUUAUCUGUUUUCAUCUAUUUUCAGAAUCUUCUAGAAGCAGCUAGAUAGGUGACGUUGUUUUGAUCGUGUAUGGGAGGCUGCCUCCAAAUGAAUGGG